AUGACACUCAAAUUGCUUAUGAAUUCGACAUGGGGAUAUUCCAUUAAGAAACCUCAAGAGAUGAAGAGUAAACAUUAUGAGAAGGUCGACAACUUUGUUGAAAGGUUUUCUCCUUUUGUUUUGAAGUACGAAUUCACUCAAGGUCAAAGUGGCUUAGUAACCACAUUAAAACCUAUUGUCGAACAUUGGUCUUACCCUCAGUUCGCAAAGGCAGUCCUUGACAACUACAACAAAUUCUUCUCCGAAGUCAAAUCGAAAGUUGUGGUUUACUAUGAGAACAUUGACGCACUCAUGACGAACGAAGAAGGCUAUAACAAACUCAUUGAAAUGGGUUUAGUCGGUGAAAAGAUGGGUCGAUUCAAAUUGGACAAAAUUUUCACCGAAGUUCAUGUCCUCUCCAAGCGUAAGUAUUGGGGCAUACUUGAAGACGGCACAGAAAUAAAACAUUGCAUGAAAUAA